AUGGCCACCAAUCUCAGAAUUCGAUUUCUGGUUUGGUUGAGAAGAUGGUCGAAGAGGGAUUGGGCAAUCGCAAUCGCUGUUUUCACAAUCACCAUCUUCGUCCUCACUUUCACCAUCAACUCUUUCUCCGACGAUCCCGACUCUCCAUCUCCGGUCGAUGCCACUGCCGACGAUGAUGUUGUUGACUUGACCUUCUUGCGCAACGCUAAGUCUAGAGGCGCUCUUUGUUUAGAUGGGAGUGUACCUGGAUAUCAUUUCAAGAAGGGCUUUGGAUCUGGGUCUGAAAAUUGGCUUCUUCACGUUGAGGGUGGAGGUUGGUGCGCUAAUAGAGAAUCAUGUUCUUUCCGCGCGAAGACCCAGUUGGGCUCUCUCAAUUAUAUGACACGUCGUGUACCCUUUUCUGGGAUUUUGAGCAGUGACCCAUCACAGAAUCCUGAUUUCUUCAACUGGAACAAGGUCAAGUUACGAUAUUGUGAUGGUGCAUCUUUUGCUGGCCACCCCGAGACUGAGCUGAAAACUGGGAACAAUCUGUUUUUCAGAGGCCAACUUAUAUGGGAAGAACUUAUGGAUGAACUGUUAUCAAUUGGCAUGUCUAGAGCAAAACAGGCUCUUCUUUCAGGAUGUUCUGCUGGUGGGUUGGCUGCUCUUAUACAUUGUGAUGACUUCCGCAAACUUCUUCCGAAAGAUGUAGUAGUGAAGUGUCUUGCUGAUGCAGGUUUUUUCCUUGAUGAGAAGGAUGUUGUUGGCAAUUAUACCAUGAGAUCCUUUUACCAUGAUGUCUUCACCCUUCAGAGUUUAGCAAAAAGCUUGCCGAAGGAAUGUGUCGAAAAGAUGGAAGAACCAUCAGAGUGCCUUUUUCCACAUGAAAUUAUCAAGCACAUAAAAACACCAGUGUUCCUUGUCAACCCAGCUUAUGAUUGGUGGCAGAUACAAAACGUGUUGAUACCAGAUACAUCAGAUCCCCAUGGCUACUGGCAGAAAUGCAGACAAAGCAUUCUCAAGUGCAAUCCUAGGCAGAUUGAAAUACUACAUGGUUUCAGAAAUUCACUUUUGAAGGGCCUGAGUGAUUUCCAGAAAAAUAAGGAUGGUGGAAUGUUUAUAAAUUCUUGUUUUGCUCACUGCCAGACAUGGUUGACUGAGACAUGGCAUUCACCUAAUUCUCCUAGAUUAAACAAUAAGAGUAUUGCGGAAUCUGUUGGUGAUUGGUACUUCAACAAGAGAGUGGUUAAACAAGUUGAUUGUCCAUAUCCAUGUGAUCCCACCUGCAUUCAUGUCGACUUCUCACAGACUUAAGUAAUCUACAUGGGAUCUUGUCUUCCUUUUUUUUUUUUUCUUUUUGAGAGAGAGAGAGACAGAGAGAAAAAUGUUCCUAUGUGGUGUUAAAAUACUGUCUUGUCCAUUUUUUACUUUGUCAAUGUACAUUAUUGUGUAGACCCUAUUUGACUCGACAGACAUUAGUUGGAUAAAACAUAUAGGCUAUAUUGAGGCAUAAAUAUAUAAUGUUUUAGAUUUUAUACACUGAAA